GACAGUUUUCAAGCCCACGGUCGCUGACUCCACGUGCGCAGGUGCGUAGGUUUCUCUUUAUGAGGUUGUAGUGGUCGACCUCGACUCAUUCUUUUCCUUCCGUCAUUGUCUAUCUCUUUUGACGUCUUUACCAACACAACCUCUACAUAAGGCCCGCCGACUUCUCUCACCUACCAGAACGGAGCGACACCGACAGAAUGUGGCGGUUUGGGAUGGUGCUGUCCGUGGUGCUGAUUCUAGUGGUGGUGGCGGCCACCGUAGGACAUUCUGCCGGCUGCUACAUCAUCAACUGUCCCCGGGGCGGGAAGAGAGCGCUGGAGAACAGGAGCGGGCCGGCUGCAAGAGAGUGCCCUCGCUGCGGGCCGUCGCUGUCGGGCCAGUGUAUCGGGCCCACCACGUGCUGCAGCCCGCAGGCCGGCUGUACCCGCAGCCUGAGAGUGGCCCUGGAGUGCUCCAUGGAGAACCUGGUGCCCGUGCCCUGCAGACUUAGCGGCCCCUCCUGCACCCUGCCCGGCCAGCAGACGGGCACCUGUGUGGGAGAGGGCAUGUGCUGCAUGGACGGAGAAAAAUGCAGUCUUUCUCCAGAAUGCUCCAUGAGGACCGCUGAAGACGAAGAGGCAAGAAGGCAAGAACGACGGUCGGUCCUGCCCAACUGGGUUCUACCCGGGAACACCCCUCCGGACAUCCAAAAAUGGUGGUGACGGACCACAAGCAGCCGCCUUACAUGGGUUUUAAUCUAAGAACCGCAGGCUCAUUCCACUCGGAGGGGUGAAAUUGAAAAAAAAACCCUCAAUAUAUCAAUUGUUGUGAAAUAAUAAUGGUAAAUAGAAUCACUGAGAGAUUUUAUUCAGUGGAAGAAAAGUCAAUGUGGAUCGAAAGACUGAUCAGGAUCAGGACAUCCCUUUUAGAUAUUCUUGAAUGGAAUGAUCCUUCCGUUCUAGCUGUUUUGGAAAGGGUGGACUAUUGAAGUUUUUCAUGGACCAAUAAAUCCAGAUAAUCAAUUCGCACAAUGAAGGUUUUAGCGGAGACACAGCCAAGCAUGUAUACCUGUGGUAAGACAUGGCGAAUUUUGCUAUCAACUGAGAAGCUUUUUAUUGGCUGAAACCGUUCUUGUAGUCUUCUUCAUGCCCAUGUCUACAGAUAUUAACAGAUAUUGGAAAAGCAAUAGAGCAAACCUUAUCGGUUCAAUGGUCAUCGUCCAUGACGUGAAGCCAAAACACUAAAACGUCACAGAAGUCUAAAAGACGACUGGUUUCAUCGGCCAGUGGAGCGUUUGUUG